GGUUAGUCCCGCCCCCAUCCCUCGAGAGUGUGCUCCGCUGCCUGGGAGCUGUGGCCAUGACGGCACGCGGGACCUCGAGCCGCUUCCUGACCAGUAUCCUUCACAACGGCCUGGGUCGCUACGUGCAGCAGCUGCAGCGUCUCAGCUUUAGCCUCAGCCGCGACGCGCCCUCGUCCCGCGGCGCCAGGGAGUUCGUGGAACGGCAGGUGACCGACUUCGCCCGACGAAACCCGGGGGUCGUAAUAUACGUGAAUCCGCGGCCGUGCUGUGUGCCCAGAGUAGUGGCCGAAUACCUUAACGGGGCGGUGCGUGAGGAGAGCAUCCACUGCAAGUCAGUCGAGGAGAUCGCGACGCUGGUGCAGAAGCUGGCGGACCAGUCCGGCCUGGAGGUGAUCCGCAUUCGCAAGCCCUUCCACACGGACAGCCCUAGCAUCCAGGGUCAGUGGCACCCCUUCACCAACAAACCGACAACGUUGGGCGGGCUGCGCCCCCGAGAGGUCUAGGAUGCUGCCCCAGCUCAGGUGCGAGUGCAGUGAAGACGUGCCCCACCAACUCCACUCCUGGGCUUUGGACUCUUACCCUGGUAGAGGUGGUUCUUACUCUUUUGCUUCAGGGGAUUCCAAGCCCAGCAGACAGAUGGUGCCUAUCAAAGGGGAAUUGACACCAAAGCUUUUGCUUGAGAUGAAGAGCUGCCUGUUUCUUUUCAGUGCCCACUGCAAGGGACAGUGAGUUUGUGACUCCUAAUUCUUACUCAUUUGACAUCCCUGAAACCUGAGAGUCUUCAAGGAUUUUUCAGGGUCUUCAUUUAUGAAAUCCAAAUUGGUAAUAGUGAUCUCAAAUCACAGGGAGGGGGGUUUCAAGGCUGGUUUCUGAAGAAUUGUUGAUGUCCUGUUUUUGCAACUGCUGAGCUAGAGAGUGCUAGCACCUUCUUUGCUGCUGUGAGCGUGGCAUUGGCUUAGGCACUUUAUAUCUCUGUGAAUGUUUGUGUACAGAUUAGAAAACUGAGGUUAAUAAACUUGCCCAAGGUCACACUUGAGGUCUUACUUCAAAAUAUGUGCAUAUUUUAAGUGUAACCCUGUUUUUCAUUAUCUUAAAACCAGAAGCAGAACAUAUAAUAAUUCUUCAGGAUGGUUAGUAUCAAAGGCCAUGCGAUUACUCUGGGCCUGAGCCUUGGAGAGAGUGAUUCUCAGGCCAGGUUCCUGGUAACAAGCCUGUCCUGCUCUCAACUGCUCCCCCCAGACAGGCCCCUCUGUGCAGAAAUGAAUCCAUGCUGUCCCUUGUUGGGGGAGGGGAGGUACUGAAAAGCUUCUUGGGGAAGAGCAAGAGGGCUGAUCAACAGGGAGCAUUUUCUAGGCUUAGCUAAAAACCCGGGGUGGGGGGGAUGGUGAGGAAAAGAACCAGGAAAUAAAAACCUAGAAAUCUU